AUGACCUCGAUUGUUUUGUUUUGGAAAAAUUAGAUUAAUAAUAUUUUGUUGUUAUUAUUGCGAAUUGUGAUUUGUGAUUGUGAACUUUAAGCAGAACAAAAAUUAAGUUCCUUUUUUAUUGACAUUAACAGUUACAAUUUACAUUUUAUUUUAUUGUGUAUGUUUAGUAAAUUAUUUGUGUAGUCAUUAGUAAUUAUUUUAUAAGUUAAAUACUAAGGAAAUAUAUUUUAUAUAAACUAUACAGUAUUACAGUACUCAAGUCAAACAAUUACCAAUACUAUUGUUUUCAUUUAGAUUUUUAUUUGAUUGGAGGCUACAAACAUAAUAUCUUAUCAAAUACUAUAACAUUACAUUGAAGAUCGUUAACUAAAAAGUAAAAUGUCUUUUCAAUCAUUAGACCUUCUUCUUCAACAAGCAGAUGUAUCGGAAAAUAAAAAUUUUACAAAAAAAACAGACAAGAUUAAUUUACAAUCAUCAUUUGGUCUAAAUGAUUUAAUGUUUGAUGACAAUGAGUUAUUUUCUUGUGACCAAAACAUUUCAUCUUCAAUGUCACAACUACAUCUUAACAAUCAAGUGACUGGAGAAUGCCAAAAUAUAUCAGAUUAUAUAAGCAAACAUUUAUCAUUAUUAUCUACAGAUGAACCUAAACUUUCAGUUGUUGAAAAUGAGAAUAAUGUUGAACCAAAACUACCUCUUUCUGACAUAAAAAGUGCAAGUUUCAUAAAUAAUAUAAAAUGUGAUGAUACAACUACCUCUAAGCCAACUCUAAAAAAUAAAGGUGGCUAUAUUCAAAAAUACAAAAUAUUCCGUACUAAAUCAUUAGCAAAGGUUCGGAAAUCACCUUUAGAAAAACCCGAUUCAGGUUUGAGCUUAACAUUGGGACGGAAAUACCCAAAAUCAAGUUUAAACUUAAUGAAUAAUUAUCUCUGUAAUGUAUUAAUCGAAACGCGAAGCUGUGGGUUCAGAUUUAACACCCCUUCUCCAGAUGAAUUAGUGUUAUCUUGGAUGGAUAUUGUUAGACAAAUGCCCAAUAAGUAACAUUUUUAACCAUAAAGAGCUCUAAAAAUAAAUUAUUUGUGAUUUUGAUACUGUUAAAUGUAUUAUUUUGACAAAUCGACUAUAAGUUAUUGAAAAAAGUGAAAAUGAAUGAUGAAUAAUAUGGAAUUUUGGAAGGUCAUUACAUAAUUUACAUUCAGUUAUUUUCUACAAUAUCUUAUAAAUGUAUAUAGUAUUCUUAUAUAAAUUAUAGACUAACAUUUUGAUUUGUUAGUUACCUACAUAUAUAUAUAUACCAAAUAUAAAUUACCAACCAAUUUAUCGUUGAAAUUAUUGUUAAUUUAAAGAUAUUUAUAUUUUAAAUAGAUAUAUUUUAACCUCGAUAGGUAUAUUAUAUGAUUUUAACUGUAAAAUUUUAAAAUGUAGUUUUAUAUUGCAUCAUAUAUAAUUAUAAUAUAUAAGCGAGGUAAGCCAAUCUAAAAUAACUGAUUCAAUAUAUUAUCUAAACCUUCCUUGAAUCAUUAAAAUUGGUCAAUAAUUAAGUUUUUAUUAAAAAACAAUUUAUCAUGUAUAAAUAAUAAUUAUACUCAGUAACUGAAGUCUGUGGCCUAGUUAGGGACUUAAUAACUGUAGGUAGAACCAUUGAUUAUAAAUACUAGUAUUUAUAGUCAAUGGUAGAAUUUUGAGAGUUUCUCUAAGGUAUUCUAAUGUGUUAUAGGGUAGGUACACCCAUGUCUUAUACAAACAUUGUAGGGUUUUUAAAAUUAUUAAUUUUCGUUUAUAUCAUUGGAAAUAAUAAUAAUUUAUGAUAGUAAGUUAAAACAGUUUUUAUUCAUGAUAAACUCUUUCAUCAAAAUGGAGACUAGAUUUUCACUCAAUCAUGUUACUAUGAUUUACAAUACUUGUAGUAAAAUAAGCUGUUGACUAUGUUAAACAUCACGGUAACCAUGCUCAACAAUAAUUUUAAAAAAAAUUUUCAUUAUGUAUAAAAUUAUAAAAUAAGAACAACACUGUAAAUGUAAUUUUAUUAUAACAUUGGCAUGUAGAAAAAAUUAUACUCAGUAAAUGUGUUCAAAACAUAUUUUUCUAAUUGUGAAGCAAAAAAAUAACUCAUUGAUAACUGAUCCUCUGUAGUCCUAUUCUAUGUCUAAAUGCACACACGCUAUCCUUUUGUGGUGUUUUCUAUUAUUUCUAUAAACAUUUAUGUUUAUGAAUUAUAUAAUUAUGUUUUUAUUUAUUCAAAAUCUAAAUAUAAAAAUUGUAUAAAAUAUGUAUCAUUGUAUAAAAUUUGUUAAUACAAUAAAUCUAUUUUUGCUAAA